CGAAAUAUGAAUUUUCAAAAUAUCAAUUGCAAUGUAUUUGUUUACAUUUGUUUUUAAACAAUAAUUUUGCAACUUAAUACAGAUUGUGAUGUGUGGUUUCUAGUAUUCAGAUUUAAAAUGUCGUGGCUAAACUUAAAUGAGAGUUUGAACAGUAUAAAGGGACAGAUAACUAAUUUUGCUACAGAGGUGUUAUCUGAUGGUGUAACUCCAAGUAAUACUGAAGAAAUUUCUGGAAAUGAUAAUCAAGUGAAAGAACUAGAGGAGAAAUGCCACAGCCAAGAGCUCGAGAUUGCAGCACUGAGGAAGUUGAACGACGAGCUUCAGGCUUCGCUGCAGUCUGAGAGGCUCGCUAAGAGAAAUGGGAUUAAAGAAGAAGAUUCUAAUUGGUAUUGGGAUCCACCGCAGCAGUCUACGAGACCCAUCGAUAGUGGCACUGCAGAAAAAUACGAAACUCUUUCAGUUGAACUACAAAAUGAAUUAUCCACCUUAGACCAUGACCACGAUGGUCCGAAACCUUCUAAACAUGAGGAAGAACUGAACAGGCUACGAGAAGAGAACAAAAAUCUUACCAACAAUCUUGAAGAUCUAGAUAAUCAGCAUCAACUGGCAAUGGAAAAACUUCUGAAUCUUAAACGGGAAUUGCAGAAAAAUUUCGAGCUACUUAAACAAGAACACGAGGAGUUAAAAAAUGCAAAUGAUGACUAUGCAGCUCAAGUUAAUCAUUUACAAACAAAGCUAAGUGAGAGAGAUAAGGAAAUUGAAAGCAUUAAGUCAUCGCACGCAGAUUAUGAAACUCUUCAUCGUAAAUACCAACACUUAGAAAAAAUACACAGUUUAUUAAGAGAAAAUGCAGAAAAGUUCCAAGAAGAAAACCAAGAAUUGCACGAAGAAGUUUUUAAAUUACAAGAGCAAGUCACAAAAUUGGAACAUGAUGUUGAAAUAGCAUUAAAACAGUGUGAUAAUUUAGAUAUGGUAUCCAAAGCGAAAUAUGAAGAGGUUUUGAAUAGAUUGAAUGAUUUGGCUAGAGUUCAUAACACAGAUCAAUUUCAGUUAGACGAAAUAAAUAUUGACGAUAAUGCAAAGAGUGUUAUCGAAACGCUAAAACGUGAUAUUUCUGAUUUAAGGCACCAAUUAUCUCAGUCUAAAUCAGAAGAUUUGAUUGAUAGCAAGGUUGUUAAGUCAGAUAAAAUUAUGCAACUUUACAAUCGUUACGUUAAUUUUGAUUUACCUAUCGAUUAUGUUGGUGAAAUUCCUUCUUCUACGGACAACAUUGUAUUAUUUAAAUUGGAAAGCGUGUUCAAAACAGUAAACUCUUUUAAAAAAAAAAUAGAUGUUUUGGAGCAAAAGGUAUUGGAGAAAAAACAUACAAUAAAUCAUCUGAAGAGUCAAAUAGAGGAACUAAGUGCAGAAAAUGAAUAUUUAACGUCUGACAUUCAACAUUAUGAACAAGAUUUGGAUGAAAUGAAAAAAAAUAAUGAUUUCCUAAUAUCAGAAAUAGCAGCUUUAAAAAAUACAUCGAAAUUGGAGCCAAUAAUAGAAACACACGAAGAUAAUCUUGUAGAAUUAGAAUCAGAACUAGCUGACUGCAAUCAUAUGAAUAAAACCUUUGAAGUUGAGAUCAAAAGAGUAGAAAGCGAACUAAAUGAAGUUAAAUCCGAAAAAACAAUUUUACAAGAAAGCUUAAAUGACUUACGAAAAAAGUACACGUCAAUGCUUGAUGAAUUAGAUUCAUUUAAGCUACAAACAAAAUCAGUCGAAGAACUGGAAAGUAGUGCCAAUGCUACGUGUCAAAACCAACAAUUUAAUAAGUCACGUGAUGUUGUUGCGGACUUAAAAAAGCGUUUAAGUGUAGCAAAUUCCAAAAACGAGCAACUGUCUAUUGACUUGCAUAUAAUAGAGAAUGACAAAGUGUUAUUAACGAAAGAAGUUGAUGAUUUAAAACAUGCGCUGUCGGAAAAAUCCUCAUCGCACAAAGAAUUAGAGUCACUUAAAAUUAUUUUAGAUCAAAAAUUGAAGGACUUAGAAAUUAAAUUAGAUGAUCUAUUAAAACAUAAACAAGAGAUAGAAAAUGAAAAUUUGAGACUUGAACAGCAGGUAAAAAACUUUACCGUAGAAAUCACGAGCCAGGUCAAUCAUGAAGAUAUUCUCAAUGAAAAUGCUGAACUUGCAAGAAACUUGAAUGUACUACAAACAGAAAAUUUUGCUUAUUUGGAAAAUAUUAAUGAACUUAAUAAUGAAAUUAUCAAACUACAAGAAGAACAAAAUAAUUUAGUCAUAGCAAAUGAUACUCUGAAAGAAACUAUAGAAAAAGAAACACAGAAAUAUGCUGCGCUUGAAUCCAAAAUGCAGGCUUUCAAAAGUAAAUCCGAUAAGUUUGACGAGCUUUAUCACAAUCAAACCGUCCUCAAAGAAGAAAAUAAACAUCUGCUGGAGCAAUCGUUAAUUUUGGAAGCAGAACUAACGUCAACAAAUCGUAAAAUAGUAAGCCUCGAAGAAGAAUUUGAAAAACUAAUGAUAGAGUUAAAUGAUAAGGAUGUAUUGAUUGCUUCACUAAAUGCAUCUGUAUCUCAAUACAAAAGCCACAUUAAUGAAUUAGAGGAGAAUAUAUCUGAAUUAAAUAAAGUAAUGAUUGUUAAGAGCGAUGAAGUUAAUGCGCUGCGAUUAAAUUUACAAGAAGUAACAGAAAAGCUUAACAAAUUAAAUGCAUCGUGUUCUUUGAGCCAUGAUGAACUGAAAAGACUUCAUACUGAGAAUGAAGAAACCAGUAAGCAAAUUUUUGCAUUAAAUGAUGAAAUAAACACAAAAAAUUCUGAAAUAUCAAUUUUAUCCGAGAAAUUGAGAUCCUUACAUUCUGAACACCAAUUACAAUUAGAUGAAAAAGAGAAUUUCAUAAAAAAUCUUCAACAAUCUAUUAAAGAAAUAACCGAUACAGCUAAAAAUAAUACUCAGCAAAAUGAUGAAAUUGUGAAAAUCAUCGAAGAAAAGGAAAUGACCGAGAAAAAAAUAAUUGAACUUACAAAUAAUUUAUCAUUAUUGGAAUAUCAAUUAACGGAAUAUAAGAAUAAAUGCGAAACGUUUAACAAUAAGCGAAAAGAAUAUGAAGUAUUAAUCGAACAAUGUAACAAUGAGAAAAACAAUUUAAUAAACUUAGUAAACUUAAAACAUAACGAAAGCCUGCAAUACCAUGCUGAGAUACAGCGAUUAAAUCAAAUCGUAAUAGAGCAAGCCGAUGAAUUGAGAAAAACAAAUGAACAUAAAGAUGUAUUACAAAAAAAUGAUCAUGAAACUUGCCUAAAUUGCACCAAUUUAUUACUCUCAAUAAAAGACAAGGAUGAGACAAUAAUGUCACUGAAUCAGAACACUAGUACGCUUGAGCAUCUUAAAGUCGAGUUGAACAUUGCAAAUGAGACAAUACAAAGCUUAACCAAAAAAUGUGAAGACUUAGAUAAACAUAUGUCAUUACAUUUGGAGAGUGUUAAGAAAUUGACAGCAGAAAACGCACAGUUGUCCGAGAAAGAACGGAACUCUUCUAAGGAGCUUGAAAGGUUACGAGAACAUUUAGUGGAAACGGAAGAUAACUACACGCAGGAACUGAUGACAUGCGAACAAAAGUUGACGGAAUGUCAGAGUAGGCUGUACCAAGUUGAAGAGAGGGCAAAACAAACUAGCACAGUCUAUACCAGCAAUAGUAUUAGAGCAAAUCAAGAAGUGGAGACUCUCCGAAAUCAAAUAAAAUUGCUGGAGAAGCAGAGAGAGGACGUACAGACGCGGCUGAGUGAUGCUGAAGAUUCGAGAAACAGGAGUGAAGCAGCCCUUAUAAACCUUCAAGUUGUUUUAGAACAGUUUCAAUUAGAUAAAGAACGCGACGUAGAUGCAGCGACUGAGAAAAUAAAAAAUAAAAUGGCUGAAAUUAAACGUGAAAAUUUAAGAUUACAAGAUGAAAUAGCACACUUAAAUGCGAAAUUGGAAGAAUCUGUAGCAGGCCUUAAGGCGGCUUCUAGGCUUGGUGACCAGGUGGAAUCAAAAACAGCUCAAAUUAAUGAUUUAAAGGAGCAAGUACGUACACUACAAGUGUCAGUAGCCGCUUCAGAGGACAGGUAUUACAACGCGAUCUCCAACCAACAAGACAAAGUGGACAAGAAUCUGGUGAAGAACCUGGUCAUCAACUAUGUAGUGGCGGCUGGCCAGAACAACUUGAAUAAGACGCAAACUCUCCGGAUCCUCUCAACUGUGUUAGACUUUAACCAGAAGGAAUGUGAGAAACUGGGUUUGGUGAAGGCCGCGACAGCAGCGGACGGUCUAGCCGCCGAGUUUGUCAAGUUUCUGCAGAACGAAUCGAAACCCCGGCCGCCGCCACCUGACAUGAUGAGUCUACGAAGUACGCCGGCUUCGUCGAGGAAGAGUUCGACGAUUGGACCAAACCCAGUAUUCGAAGUCAGCCACAAGAGAAACCCGUCAACCGGUUCCAGUAACUUACUCUUCCAGAAUAUCGAUGCCGACACGUCAUCACAAAAGUCCAUGGACUCCGACACCAAAGUGAUUCCGAUUACGACGCUUGACACUGGCGUCAACCAAACGAGGAAUAACGAAGGCGCCAUUUUGAAACAUGUUUUGAAAGAUAUGUAGAGUUUUGUGGUGAUUAUGCGAUAUCUUUGAAAAAGUGCUACAUUUCUGAUAACUCACUGAAUUUUCAAUAUACAUUUCAAUAUUUCAGUCCAUAAGGUGUAAUAAGUCUGAAAUUCAGUAAAUUUGAGAUAAGUAUAAGAAAUUGUUUCAUAAAAAAUAACCCAUCAUUAUCACAGAGCAAUAAGUCGAUAAGUGAAUACAGUUAAGUUGUUACUUCCCAUAUGUCGUCAAAGUCUAGGAUAUUUUCGGACGUAGUGCGAAUGCGCUCUAACAAUUCUGUGAUCCGAAAUAAUAGCAUAUUUUCAGGACAUUAGAGUUUAUGAAAAAUUUUACAUGAUUUUCAAAUACCGCUGAAUUUCUGUGAGAUAUAUUUGUGAACAUUUCUAAUAAUAUAUCAACAGUAUUGGCAAUUUUUCGAUAUUAUUCAAGUUAAUGUUAAGGAUAUUAAACUUUUUCUAUACAUCUAAAAUUACCGUCAAUCUGUAAUUUCACCAUUAUUCUAAGUUUCGUAAUUAAAUGACGAAUUAAUCUUAUUAAGAAACGCCCGCGUCAUUAUUUGAAGGCACUACCAGCACUACUGCCUACUCUAUACAGUGCAGUGUUUUGUGUGUUAUUGAUAUGAUACUUGACAUUCCGACGUCAUGAAGUGAGUCGUUAUAUCAAACUCUAGUAUAGUGUGAAGUCACUUCUUUAUUCAAGUAUUUAACAAUUGCCAAACUCAGACAGACGCCGACGACCACUCAAAUUACAUUGUGACUGUUAUGGCCCGACUUGCAUGUUUCGUUUGCUUCCUAUAAAAAUACGACCAUGAGAGAAAAAAAUUGCUAUCAACAUACAAACUUAACAGAGCGAUUUUUGAGUCUUGGACGCUGGAAUUUGAAGACUUAUUCUCGUUGGUUAUAAUUAUUCUUACUCAAGUUUGAUUUCGAGCGCUUGACUCCACAUGGUUUAAGAAACGUAAUGCCCAAUUGAUUAAAAAAUUCGCACGAGCAUCGAAUGUUUGACAUUAGUAUAACUGAGCAAGUGGUUGUUUUAGGGUAUUUAUUGGUUUUUAUUAUUAACAUUAUUUUAUCUGACUUUAAUUAUGAAAUAUUAUUUUACGUGAAUCCACUGCUUUUACGUGAGUUUAAAUUAAUUUAAUAUUAAAUCUAUCUCUUCUAUAUCGAGCCAAGAUAAACUUAAAAUACAAAACAAAAAUAUUAUAUUGCACCGAGCCAUGAAACGUGUACAAAUUGUCAAACAAAGUCAAAUAUCAUGAAGUUGGUUACACACACAAAUAGGUAGAUAAGCGAACUUAAUAAAUCGUCUAAUAACUGCUUGCAUAUACUUAAUUGGGAAUAUUGACAUAUUUAAAAUUACUUUACAAUAGCUAAAUACGAACGCUUUUGUCUCCACCAUAAUAUGUAAACUUCGUAAUAUGGGCACCCGAGCAAAGCAAUAAUUCUGAUUCAAAUAAUUUUUAUUCAAAAUAAGAGUUAAAUCACUUAUUAAACGACAAAACAAAACUACAAAAUAUAUAAGCCGUACCUUAUAUAUUCAUUAUAUGUAAUACAGACAUGGAGGUAUGUGUAUGUAUAAAUGUAUGUAGGUAGAGAGUGACUGCACUCGCGUAAAGGCCAUAUCUUAGUUCGCUAAAAACGUUGAAAUGAAACAUCAGUGUUCGAUUGUUAAUAUGUCAGCGCUUUUAAAGGACGGCGUUUUUUUCAAGUUGUGUUAAGUAUUAAGUACAGGGCGGUCGAAUGCUGUUUUGUGGAAUAUUUUUUUGCGGUCCUUCUUUCUUUCCUUGGGUUUUAACGCCACGCUUUUUAACUCUCAACAAGUGCAAGAUGUAAAUAUGCAUUUAGUUUCUUUUCUGUAAUUCCACUGAUAUAAAUAAAGAGAACGUUAGUAUUGUAUCACUCCUGUCACUUACAUAAUUAAUCUUUCAAUACUAGUCUAUAUUAUCAUUAUCUAAGGAUCAUAAACUGACUAUACGUUUUUAAACAGUACUUUCUUAGUCGGUACAUAGGUAGACCGAUUAUAUUGUUUGACUAUUAAUAAUAUGAUGAGGUAUAGUUUAGGUAUUUUUCUUGUCUUUUAAUUUUAAAUGUUUAAUUGUUGUAGGAAUCUAUAUCACCUGCCUUGAGUGUUUUCUGUGCGAGUGCACACAUACCUUUAGAGUUCUAGAUGUCGGUUGUAUUUUUGUAAAUAUAAUUUGUGCCUUAUAUAGAUAAAACGCUACUUUGCGAUAGCGUUUCGAGACAGCUUUAUUCCAAAUAACAAUUUAGUAUGUGUAUAUUAGUUAUUUUUUGUAUUCGAUCAAAAUAUAUUUAAAGAAAUAGUUAUUCUUUGAUUGUAAAUCAAUGGUAAUUGUUUUAUUUGCAUGUUUUGUUAAACUAAUUAGUUAGAAUUGUGUUACUCUUUUUUUAUUAUUCUUUAUCCAUGGAUAGAGCAAAAUUGUAUAGGUACCAACAAAAUACCUGAUUAGGAAAUGACCAGUUCAAAUCACAAUUUUAUUGAUAUAUUCUUACACACACUCUCAUUAAUUUCCUCACGUAUUAUUUUUAUGUUGUUAUUGAGUAUUAUGUCUAGAAAUUUAAAGAGGAUAUUUGAAAUAUACAAUAUGUUAUCAAUUUUUUAUUACAAUAACUACAAAAAGAUAAAAAUAAAAUACAAAAUACUGACUAGAGUCAGAAUAGUUUAAGUGGUCGUUAAUAUUAAUUUACGAUCUCUUAAACUAUUAGGCUGACUUUAUUGGUAAAUAAAUUGGUGUUAUUUAAACUAAAAAGCAACAAGCCUACGGUAUAGGUUAUAGUAGUAGGAGUAGUAGGUUACUAUAAAAAUGAGGAGACAUGGACAUAGCUUUUGCCCUGUCUUUUCUAUCAACGGAAACAGGAGUACAUAAUAUAUAUGUUAUGAUACAGUAAAACAAAUAUUCAUUUUGGCACUAAUAUUCUGUAUAAAGGUGAGGAUUCAUUAAACUAUCGAUUCUACUUACUUGCGUGGUUUUUGCAAGCGUUGUGACCACUCACUUUCAAACUUACAACUACCCUCAAUUUUCAAUAACUUUAUUUAGUUGCAUACAAUCAAUUUAUUAUGAUCGAAAGUGUAUAAGUUUGUUUUUAAUUGUAUUAUACUGAAUCUGAUUGUUUUGAAAUGUAUUCUGAAUACAAUUUUAUCAUUAUUAUUAUAUUUUUCCAUGUAAGUAUUAUUAUUCGUAAUUGAAUAUAAUUCUUAUAUAUUUAUUAGAAUAAAUAAAAAUAUAAUGUUAACAAAUAAUAAAAUAGUUUUUAUUAGAUUCUUUACCUUUACGAAUUUCUUUUUAUUAAUAUUUAAUCUAAUUUGUACCCGAGUUUGACGUAAAGGUUAGUAUUAUGUUUGUUAGUCUUAUGUAUGUAUAUUUAUUCCUUUGUAGCGCUUGAGAUACCAAUCGCAUUGGCUGAUUUUGAUAGCUCGUGUUGCUUGACAAUCGUUGAAAACAGGCCAGGUUUAUUACUUUAGUGUGCAUGACAACUUACGUCUUACACUAGCGAUUUGUAUGUCACUUUGUGUAAGUGUGCGUGCAUUGUUCAAAAUAGAAGUAAACUGUCAACCUCAAUUUUUUUGACGUUUUCACAGCUGUCACUAGCCUAGCGGAACUAUCUAAGAAAAAAGCGAUUUACUCGAUUGUAUGAUACGUGCAGUCAUUGAUAGAUUGACAGAUGACGGCUAUAAUCUUGUAAAAAACGGAGAUAGCAGAAAUCCACUAAUCCACGUUUUAAGAAACUGUUCGCUUGCAAACUUAGCCGGAUUAUACUUGGUCGCCAUAAUAUUGUAAUGACUUCUAUGGAGGGUAGAAGGAAAUGCGUUACAUUAGGGUGGCACUAGAUUGGCAUCAGGAUAGAUCAUAAAAGAAGCGCCAAAUAUAAAAUAAUACUAAUCACUCUAGAUGCUCGUUUCCCUAUUAUAAUUCUGUAAAAUUAUAUUUUCUAAAUUAUUUUUUACAACGUAAGUUGUUGAAAUUUUCAAAAAUUCAGUACUUUAGUCGACAAUGAUAUUAGAAUAUUAACUCACCAGCCUACACCAGCGCCAUUGUGGUGUGUUUCUGAACUGUUAUUUACAAUAUAAGCUGGAUACUUUUUCAACUUUUCUCCCAUAUGAGAUUAUUCUCCUUCACCUGCAUAUAUACACUACAUAUUACUAUUUCAAACAUAAGUCAAAUAAAAUGACUGCACGUUUCAUAGUAAACUAAAUUUAAAUUUGUACUCAGACAGUCCCGCCUCUUAUAACGCAGUAUUUACACCCUCUUUGGCUGCUACAGUCUAUCAAUCUUUGUGAUAUGUACCGAGAUAGCAAGGCCUAUUAUCAUACGCUAAGUCUGUUGUCACCCAAAUGUUACUGAUCCGGUCUUAUCUAUUUCAUGACGUCAUAUAUUCCGCGUCCUCUGCCCUGUAAUCAAUUUCAUGACGUCAUAGUUGUAAUUAUUUUGUAUGAAAAUUGGUAUUCGCCUAGUGUAUAAGUAUUUGCCAAUAGUGAUAUUGAAUUUUAAUUGUAAAGAAUUAAAUAAAAUCUUCUCAAAUUUUAGUGAGACUUGGACUCGAUAGUUACGAAACACUGGCGGUCAAUUGGUAUUUUGCGGCAGAGCAGUAUGCCGGAAUCGCGCGCUCGGUCACACUUAGGGCGUUUGUAGGCAAAUAAUAACAUGCCGUAUUUCUUUCUAUUUUUGUAUAAAUUAUUGCCUAUUGCAAUGUAAUUAAGAAACUAAUUUAGGUAAUUAUUAUUGUAAAACUAUUUGCCCUCUUGUUAUUUCCUUGUGGUUGCUAACAGAUGUGAGUGGUGGUGACAUCCAAACUUUUUGCUAUUUGCUAGCUAUACACCAUGACUGGUGAGCCACUAACGAUAGACGAAGAGGUGAUAUUUAGCGAUCAUAAAUGACGAUGAAAUAAUAUUAAAAAUAUAUAUUAAUUGACUACUUAGUACACGUAACCUAUACUGAAGUAAUUAAAUAACGCUAUUUGCGAGGCGAUAAUACUACAUUCCUCUUGUAUUGUUAUAAUGAUAUGAAGAGAUUACUAUCUCUAGUUCAAUAUAUAUAUAUGUGAUUGUUAAUUUUGUGUAGAAUUAAUCUGCUUGCUUAAUACAGUUUUAUUUAAGGUUGAUUAUAAUUAAUAUUAUACUGUUCAUAUUGUAUUAUAAUUAUUGUAAUUGUUUAAUAAAUAUUUCAUACGA